CUUUAGCAUAAUAGUGAUCAUAUUUGACUGUCGCUUCCUGUGAGCCGUUUGUAAAAUCCAUUCGAAAUGAGGUUACGUGCUUUCAAGUGGCUCCUUCUGUUUCUUUCCUGCGGACUCGUCUCGGUGAAGAGUAUGGAAGACGUUUGGGUAGAGCUUCGAGCGCCACGGUUUGUGGUGCACGGCCAUAGCGCUUUGAUGCGCUGUGAACACAAUGUCGACCCCCGAACUUUGUAUAAGGUGGUGUUUUUCAAGAACGGACAACGUAUCAUGCAAUACGUACAGGGUCGAGAUCCACCCUUCGAGCUGUACAACUUCACAGGGGCUGAUAUAAGUUUGACAAAAAUGACUCCAACAUCAAUAACAUUGGAGAGAAUGGAUUUUCCAGCGUCCGGUCCUUACGCCUGCGAAAUUGCCUUGGAAAUACCUCUAUAUUCAAAGGCGUCUAAAAUACAUGAAGUGAGCGUUAUUGUUCGGCAAAAAUAUCGUCCAAAAAUCAAGAUUAAACAUAAAAAACUUUCAUCCAAUGACGACCUAGAAGCCAUCUGUCAGAGCUCACCAGCGCAUCCCGCACCACACCUAACGUGGCUCAUCAAUAAUGUAAAAGUGGAUGAAAGACUUACCAUUCCUCACGGAACAGUAAACGUCCAUCGCCAUCAUCACGGUAUGCCGCUCUCCCUAACCAACUCCUCAUUACGGUUUCCCCUCACCAACCUUCAACUGUUCCCGAAUCAAACAGUUGAAAUCACCUGUCUCAGCACCAUACCCAGUUAUGCAAACCUCAACGACGGGUUUGCAGAUGUGCAAAACCAUACAGUUACAGUGAAUGUAAUUCGAAUGGAACCAGCGCCGACACAGUUACCCGUUAAGAUAAUUACUAUAGAACACAAUCAUUCAAGCCAUUUAAUAAUAAACCGUACUAUUAAUGUAAUAUUGAUUGUCGCUGUAUUAAAUGUGUUGGGAAAAUUUAUAUAAAUCCGUGUAUAUUAACUGUUAGA